CGUGCAACGACUAGUACAAUUCGGAAACGGAUUUCAAUGGACCUGCUGAUGCAAUUACUGGUGAUAGGGGGAGUGCUGGAACUAGGGGGCACGCAUGUGUUACGGUCAAUCAAUGAACAGCGCAUGCAUCCACUAUUCACGAUGACAAUGGAGCAGACGGCGCGUCAAAAACGUGCAAUGCCGAAACUAUAUUUUGAUGCGAGCACAGCGGAGGAGCGAUAUGGCGAGUAUUGGUUGGGUCAGGCACAACAGACGCUGGAGCAACAGCUGGAGACCAAGACGCAACUAAACACCCAUCUGGCCAAGAAUAUAAUGCUUUUCCUUGGUGAUGGCAUGUCGAUACCAACCAUUAGCGCCGGUCGACUUUAUCUAGGGGGCGAGGAGAAGCAGUUCGCCUUCGAGCAGUUCCCUUAUGUUGGUCUGAGCAAAACCUACUGUGCCAACAUGCAGGUAGCCGAUUCGGCGUGCACGGCCACGGCUUAUUUGGGCGGUGUGAAGGGAAAUUACGGCACGGUUGGAGUCAGUGCUGCUGUCCCGCUAAAUGAUUGUCAUGCGCAGGCGCUACGGGAACACCAUGUGUCCUCUAUAGCAGCAUGGGCACAAGAGCAGGGAAUGGCUACUGGCCUCAUCACCACCACGGCCGUGACGCAUGCCUCUCCAGCAGGCGUCUACGCACACGCUGCUAAUAGGAACUGGGAAAACGACGCCGAGGUCCUAUCGGACAAUGGAGAUCCGUCCAUUUGCCCAGACAUAGCAAUGCAGCUAAUUCACGGCCAAGUGGGGCAGAAGCUGAACGUUAUCUUGGGUGGCGGACGCGAGAAUUUCUUACCACAAAGCGCUACAGAUGCUAAGGGCGCUCCAGGUCGCAGGUUAGAUGGACGAAAUCUCAUCGCGGAAUGGAAGCAGCAACACACCAAUAGCGCUCACUUUGUUCAGACGCGGGACGAACUGAUGAGUCUAUCUAAUCGAACUUCUCGAGUUUUGGGUCUCUUUGCGCCUUAUCACAUGCCCUAUCAUCUGGACGCCAAUGCGCAAGAGCAGCCCACACUGGCGGAGAUGGUGCACGUGGCGCUGGAUAUACUGAAGCGUCAGAGCGCGGGACGUGGCUACUUCCUAUUCGUCGAGGGUGGUCGCAUUGAUCACGGACAUCACGAUACUAUGGCAUUACGCGCCAUCGAUGAAACAGCAGAGUUUGACAAGGCUGUUCAUACGGGGCGUAGCCAAACCAGCGUGGAGGACACUCUGAUUGUUGUUACAUCGGAUCACUCGCACACCAUGUCGUUAGCAGGAUAUUCCAGCCGCAAGAACAACAUUUUCGGCAUUAAUAACGGCCAGCUGGGUGCCGACGGCCUGCCCUACGCCACUCUUAGCUAUGCCAAUGGGCCCGGCUAUAGUACAAAUGUCUUACGGGAGGGCAGUGAAGUCAAACGAAAGAAUCUGCGUGCCAUCAACAUGAAGAACAAUGACUUCAUGUUCCCUUCCAUGGUUCCACUGCCCUCGGAAACACACGGUGGCGAUGACGUUGCAGUCUUUGCCAGUGGCCCCUACGCACAUCUCCUCACGGGUGCCUACGAGCAAAACUUUAUACCCCAUGCCAUGGGGUAUGCAUCUUGUUUAGGCGUGAAAAAAAGCCGUAGCAUGUGUACGGACAAUGGUAUUGAGCGUCGACCACGAUGAGGCCUUACAUGGCUAAGACAACAACAGUAAUUACAAUAAUUUAUGAAAAUAUGAUUAGGGUAGCUUAAUAAGUUAUAUUUGUAAAUUCUUAUAUACAUACAUACAUAUGUAUGUAUGUACAUAUUUAUAAGCAUAUUUAUGGAUCAUCAGGCUUAAGCAGCUUAAUAAUCAGAAAGAUUGUAAGACAAAUGUUUAAAAAUAUUUGUGAAACUAUAUUUUAUAAGAUGCUGGAGAACAAGAGAAAUUGAUUUCUAAGCUUAUUAGAGUAGGGAAAACCAGUACGGACUAGUAGGAUAAUUAAUCGAAUUAAAUCAUAAAUUAAAUGAAGAAAUAAAACCACACAACCGAAACCUAAUAAACGAAAUUGUUAUAAAACAAGUGGAAAAGCUAAAG